UAUUGGCAUAGCAAUUGCAAUCGGAAAUGAAGCGAAUACCCUUUUUCAUACCAAAAUUAGGGUAAAAGGCUAAAACCCUCGACUAGGGCUUUUCCCGCCUUAGAACCCUCUCUCUUCUCUCUCUCUCUCUCUCUCUCUCUCUCUCUCUCUCUCUCCGCCAUUAACCCAGGCAUCAGAAAAGGGAUUCGCGAGAUCGAUGGUGUCACCUAAGCAACUGUUAUCGGUAAUCGAGUCGACUCUACUGGGGCGGACUCCGCCCACCGCCGCCCAGAGAAUCGAGCUUAUUCACGCCAUUCGCCACUCCCUCCCCUCCCUCAAGGCUCUCCUCUCUUAUCCCCCUCCAAAACCGUCAGACAGAGCUCAAGUCCAGUCAAAAGAAGUGAGAUUGCCAGAUGCUGCGCCAUUAUCACUUGAUGAUCACGAUGUUCAGAUAGCUUUAAAAUUGAGUGAAGAUCUCCAUCUCAAUGAAAUAGAUUGCGUGCGUUUGCUUGUUUCUGCCAAUCAAGAGUGGGGAUUUCUAGGUCGAGAGCCACUAGAAAUUUUUCGCCUUAGCGCGGGACUUUGGUAUACAGAGAGAAGAGAUUUACUGACAUCACUGUACAUGCUAUUUAGGGCAGUUGUUCUCGACCAGGGUCUUGAAGCGGAUCUUGUAGCUGACAUUCAAAGUUAUUUGGAAGAUCUCAUUACUUCUGGACUUAGACAGCGAUUAAUUUUACUUACAAAGGAACUCAGACGAGAAGAGCCAACGGGCUCAGGUGGGCCCAACUCUGAUAGCCACAUUCUUGACUCUAGGGGUGCUCUGGUGGAAAGAAAGGCUGUAAUUACUAGGGAACGGCUCAUUCUUGGUCAUUGCCUUGUUCUUUCAAUGUUGGUGGAGCGUGCAAGCUCUAAAGAUGUUAAAGACAUUUUUUUUGCUCUAAAAGAGAGUGCUGGAGAAUAUAGUGGGGCCGUGGAAUCCUCAAAGCAUCAGAUUACAUUUAGCCUUCUUUUCUCCCUUGUCAUCGCUUUCAUAUCGGAUGCUUUGAGCACCACAGCUGACAAGGCGUCUGUAUUGUCUAAUGAUGCUUCUUUUAGGCGUGAAUUUAACGAGAUUGUGAUGGUUGCUGGAAAUGAUCCUGUAGUGGAAGGCUUUGUUGAUUGUGUGCGGCUUGCAUGGGUUGUACAUUUGAUUUUGGUACAAGAUGGAAAUGAUGUGGGAGAGAUAGCAGCUAGUCCUUUGUCUACUGAUACAAAAAGUGUUUUCUCAUGCCUGGAAGUUAUUUUUGCCAAUAACAGUUUCCAGUUUUGGCUUGAUAUGAUUCUUCACAGUGCAGCAUAUCAGAAUGAAGACGAGGAUGUGGUCUUUAUGUAUAAUGCUUAUCUUCACAAGCUAAUGACAUGCUUUCUUUCUCAUCCGCUUGGUAGAGACAAGGUAAAAGAAACGAAGGAGAAAGCUAUGGCUAUGCUUAGUCCAUACCGUACUGCCUCACAUAAUCAGAUUAUCGAAGGUAGUGGCCAUCCACAAGAAACAUAUGAAAUUGGGAGGCAACCUUUUGUUUCCGUUUUGGAGUUUGUGAGUGAAAUUUAUCAGAAGGAACCUCAGCUAUUGUCUGGUAAUGACGUUAUUUGGACGUUCGUGAAGUUCUCUGGUGAGGAUCAUACUAAUUUUCAAACUCUCGUAGCAUUCUUGAAAAUGCUGAGUACCUUGGCUCGUAAUCCGGAGGGCGCCUCCAAAGUUUUUGAGUUGCUUCAGGGGAAAACGUUCCGCUCUAUCGGUUGGAGUACCUUAUUUGAAGGUUUAUCUAUGUACGAGGACAAGUUCAAACAAUCUGUUCAGAGUCCAGGAGCACUACUGCCGGAGUUUCAGGAAGGAGAUGCAAGAGCACUAGUUGCUUAUUUGAAUGUUCUACAACAGGUUGUGGAAAAUGGUAGUCCCAUUGAGAGGAAGAACUGGUUUCCAGAUAUUGAGCCACUGUUCAAACUCCUCAGUUACGAGAAUGUUCCUCCUUAUCUCAAGGGUGCUCUUCGUAAUGCCAUUGCUACAUUCGUCCAUGUAUCUCCUAUUAUGAAAGAUACAAUUUGGAGGUACUUGGAGCAGUAUGACCUACCAGUGGUUGUUGGGCCUCAUGCUGGGAACACUGGAUAUGCAAUGGACACCCAGGUUUAUGAUAUGAGAUUUGAGUUAAAUGAGAUUGAAGCACGGAGGGAGAAAUACCCCUCAACCAUAUCAUUUAUCAAUCUAUUAAAUACCCUUAUUGCUGAAGAAAGGGAUGCCAGCGACAGAGGACGUAGAUUUAUUGGCAUCUUCAGAUUUGUAUAUGAUCAUGUAUUUGGUCCAUUCCCCCAGAGAGCCUAUGCAGAUCCUUGUGAGAAAUGGCAACUAGUUGUAGCUUGUCUUAAGCAUUUUCAGAUGAUGUUGAGCAAGUAUGAUGUUGGAGAAGAAGAUAUUGAUGCUGUUACUGAUCAAUCUCAAAUUACAAUCUUGGGACAGUCUUCUCCGAUUCAUCAUAUGCAGCUUCCUGUUAUAGAAGUUAUGAAGGAUUUUAUGAGUGGGAAAACCCUGUUUCGAAAUUUGAUGGGUAUUAUUUUACAAGGAGUUAAUUUUCUAAUCACCGAACGUACGAAUCAAAUUUAUGGGCAACUGCUUGAAAAUGCUGUUCUGCUUUCUUUGGAAAUCAUCAUUCUUGUUAUGGAGAAAGAUUCGGUUGUUUCUGAUUUCUGGCGCCCUCUGUAUCAGCCUUUGGAUGUCGUACUCUCUCAAGAUCAUAAUCAGAUUGUAGUUUUGCUGGAAUAUGUCAGAUAUGAUUUUCAGCCGCAGAUUCAGCUGUGUUCCGUCAAAAUAUUGAGUAUUUUGAGUUCCCGGAUGGUUGGGCUUUCACAGUUGCUAUUGAAAUCAAAUUCUGCUAUUGGUUUGAUUGAAGAUUACGCUGCCUGCUUGGAGCUACGAUCUGAAGAGUGUCAAAUUAUUGAAGACAGCAGUGUAGAUCCUGGUGUUCUGAUUAUGCAACUGCUUAUCGAUAAUAUCAAUAGACCAGCCCCAAAUAUCACUCAUCUUUUGCUAAAAUUUGAUGUUGAUAGCCCUGUUGAAAGGACAUUGCUUCAGCCAAAAUUUCACUACAGUUGUUUGAAGGUCAUUCUUGAUAUUUUGGAUAAGCUUUUGAAGCCUGACGUCAAUGCAUUGCUUCACGAAUUUGGUUUUCAGCUCCUUUAUGAAUUAUGCGUGGAUCCACUGACAUCUGCUCCUAUUAUGGAUUUGUUGUCUACCAAGAAGUACCAUUUCUUUGUCAAGCACCUUAAUUCAGUUGGUAUCGCGCCCCUUCCUAAAAGGACUUGCAGUCAGGCACUUCGUAUCAGCUCGCUGCAUCAGAGAGCUUGGUUGAUGAAGCUGUUAGCGGUAGAAUUACAUUCAGCAGAAAUUGCAGAUCCUAAUCAUCGUGAAGCAUGCCAAAAUAUUCUCAGUGAGUUGUUUGGCCAAAGAAAUACCGAGUAUGGUGUUGAUCAUGAUGCAUCUCUCUUUAUCACUCAAAAUGAAACUGGUUCAAUCAGCAAGAGCAAGGUGCUGGAAUUGCUUGAGAUCGUUCAGUUUGAAUCUCCUGAUACCACACUGAAGUGUUCUCAGUUCGUCUCUAAUUUGAAGUAUUCGUCUAUGGCUGAGGAUAUACUCACUAGUCCAACAACCAUGGGAAAGAGUGUCUAUUAUCAUUCAGAACGUGGGGAUCGUCUUAUUGACCUAGUGUCUUUUAGAGAUAGACUUUGGCAGAAGUGGAAUUUGAAUAAUUCUGAAUUGAACUCUUUUGGGAGUGAAAUUGAGUUGAAUGCAAUAAGAGACGCAAUCCAACAAUUACUAAGAUGGGGCUGGAAGUACAAUAAGAACCUUGAAGAACAAGCUGCUCAGCUCCAUAUGCUGACAAGUUGGUCCCAGAUUGUUGAGAUUUCUGCUUCUCAAAAGAUUUCAUCCCUUGAAAACCGAUCGGAUAUACUAUUUCAGUUAUUAGAUGCCUCAUUGAAUUUUUCUGGUUCUCCUGACUGUUCCCUAAGGAUGGCACAAAUUUUGACCCAGGUUGGACUCACUUGCAUGGCAAAACUACGUGAUGAAAGAUUUGCACUCCCAAGUGACUUAACUUCUGAGACAAUUACAUGUCUUCACAUUAUUAUGACGAAACAAUUAUCAAAUGGGGCUUGCCAAUCUAUUUUGUUCAAGCUCAUUUUAGCAGUUCUUAGACGUGAAUCUUCAGAAACAUUGAGAAGGCGCCAAUAUGCUCUGCUUCUGAGCUAUUUCCAGUACUGUCGGCACGUGCUUGAUUCAGAUGUUCGGACGACAAUUCUAGAGUUCUUGUCAGUUGACGAGCAAGACAACGGAGAUUUGGAUCUGGAAAAGAUGGAUAAAGAUCAGGCUGAAUUGGCACAUGCAAACUUCACAAUCCUAAGAAAGGAAGAGCAGCCAAUUCUUAACCUGGUCAUAAAAGAUGCUACUCAGGGCAGUGAAUCUGUGAAAACUAUGUCACUAUAUGUCAUAGAUGCAUUGAUUUGUGUAGAUCAUGAGAAGUUUUUCUUGAGUCAACUUCAGAGUAGAGGUUUCUUGAGGAGCUGCUUCUUGAACAUGAGCAAUUUUUCGUACCAGGAUGGUGGGUUUUCUUUAGAUUCUAUGCACCGUCUCUGCACUCUUGAAGCAGAAUUUUCGUUACUGCUGCGGAUUUGCCACAAAUAUGGAAAGUCGGGUUCACAAAUUCUAUUUUCUAUGGGUUCUCUGCAUCAUAUUGCAUCAUGCAAAGCCCUUCAUCUCCCUAUGAAGGGAAGUUUUCGACGACAUGAUACUAGGGUUGAGAAAAAUUCCGCUGAUCUUGAUAAACAGCAAAUGGUGGUUGCUCCUAUUCUGAGAUUGUUGUUUUCCUUAACUUCGCUGGUCGAGACUUCCGAGUUAUUUGAGGUGAAGAAUAAAGUUGUCCGUGAAAUUGUUGAAUUUAUCAAAGGUCAUCAGCUGCUGUUUGACCAAGUCCUCCAAGAGGAUAUUUCAGAUGCUGAUGAAUUGACUAUGGAACUAGUCAAUCAUGUCGUGGGUAUACUUACCAAGGUUUGGCCUUAUGAAGAAAGUAAUGAUUAUGGAUUUGUUCAAAGGCUCUUUGGGAUGAUGCGGUCCCUUUGGUCCCGUGAUCCAGACGUUUUCACUUCAAUAGGAUCUGCCCGGUCGGAGAUUCAGCAGAAGGCUGAUGUGAGCAUAUCCCGCCUUUGCUUUAGUUUGAGCUCCUAUCUUUAUUUUCUUGUUACAAAGAAGUCUCUAAGGCUGCAGAUCUUCGACCAUGCUUCUACUGCAACCCAGCAACCCACUCUGGCUUCGCUUGUGUUUUUCCUUGGUUCCCUGGCCACCGUACUUGAUAGAGCUGCAGAGGAAAAAUACUUGCUGCUUAAUAAGAUUAAAGACAUCAAUGAGUUAUCAAGACAGGAAGUUGAUGAAAUCAUCACUAUGUAUGUCUCUCACAGUUAUGCUUCAUCCUCUGAAAAUAUACAGAAAAGGAGAUAUAUGGCAAUGGUGGGCAUGUGCAAGAUUGUUGGACAUAGGAGUCGACUUAUUAUGCUAUUGCUUCUACUUGCACAAAAUUUGAUGAACAUCACCCUUGCCCAUUUCAAUGAUAGUAACUCUCUGAAAGCACUGUCUGAUGCUAAAGAGGAAUUGCAUUCUCUUUGUGGACGGUUAAUUCCAGUUCUUGAAAGGCUUGAAUUGGUGAACGAGGAUAAAACAGGGCACAACCUCAAAGUAUUUCAUAGGUUGGCUCGGUCCCUCAAGGAAAUGUCAAUUCAGAAGCUAGCUAAUUGACUCAUACCAGUUAAUUGUAUCUCGCGUAUCUUUUGAUCUCUGAAUUGAUAAACGUUGGUUCAUGUAAAUGAGCAUUUUAAAAAUCAAGUCGGUUUUCCUUUUAAUUGAGUUCUUUUAGGUAGUUGACUGCUACAACAUUAUUCAAGUAUCGUGUUGGCAUUGGUGCAAAAUGCAGGGACUUGGGUUGUUGGAUGACAUGUUUUACUGAAAAAAGAAAAUAACAGAAAAACAAAACCACAGCUGCAAGGAUGUAUGGGUGGGAGGGAGUGUUAUGUAAGGAAUGACAUAAUUGUCUUGCAACUGUUCUUGUAUAACAAUCUUGUUGGAACAACAUAUUUACUUGGUCACCUUUAUAUAUCUUUCAUCCAUCAUGCAUCUGGAUGAAAUUUAGAAUUACGUUGAUUGUCAGUACCAUCUAUGAAAUAAAAUGUAAGUUUAACUCU